AUGUCCUUUCUUCAUACCCACUCAAGCGAGUGUAUAAAGAGCGAACUCAAUCUCUUCUCUCUACCUCCUACGCAAAUCAGCAUUGAGAGUUUGCAAUGGAUUUAUUACAAACCCGUAACUUCGCUCUCGGACGACUCGCCCAUAGAAUUCGUCAUUCCCGGACAUGGAGAAGACUAUCUGGAUCUCACUCACACCAUGUUGAGCCUCCGUAUACGCGUAGAAAGCGAAAGCGGGGAGAGCACAUCGGUCGCGCCCGACGACACGGCAAAAGUAGGACCCGUAAAUCAUCUAUUGCAUUCCAUGUUCAACCAAAUCGACGUAUAUUUCAAUCAAAAGCUCGUGUCGCCGCCAAACAACGCUUACGCGUACCGCGCAUACAUCGAGGCCUUAUUAAAUUAUGCUUCACCCGCAAAAACUUCCCAUCUAACCUCCUGCUUAUGGGACGCGGAUAUCCCCGGAUACAUGGACGACCCCUUAGACGCAUCAACCUCAAAUUCGGCGCUCGUGAGACGCGCAAAAUACAUUCAGGGGAAUCGCGCGUUAGAUCUCAUAGGUCACCUUCACUGCGACGUUUUCAAUCAAGAUAAAUUUUUAAUUAACGGAGUGGAAGUUAGAAUGAGGUUCGUACGCUCGAAAGAUUCGUUUUGCCUUAAGGAGAGUAAAACGUUAUCAAAAAUACGCAUUCUUGACGCCAGUCUACUCGUAAGAAGAGCAAAAAUAAGUCCCGGUGUGCUACUCGCACACGCUAGAAUGCUGAGUAAAACUACGGCCAAAUAUCCUCUUACGAGAGUCGAGGUUAAAACAUUCACGAUACACGCUGGCGUCGUGGGGCAAUCGAUAGACAACGCAAUACUCGGACAGCUACCGAAACGAGUAAUAGUGGGUUUUGUCGAUAACAAAGCGUUUAACGAUGAUAGAAAAUUGAACCCGUUCAAUUUAAAAAAUUACGGAAUAAAUUUCUUUUUGCUGUAUGUCGAUGGUAUGCAAAUUCUCAGUAGACCGUUACAACCAAAUUUUUCGAAAGACAAACCGCUCUACGUAGAAGCUUAUCACACAUUAUUCUCGGGAAUCGGCAUUCACUUUCUGAACGAGGGUAAUUCUAUAACUAGAGACGCUUACGCCGCCGGUUACACUCUUUUCGCUUUCGAUCUUACUCCGGAUCUAUCCGCUAAUUGUGCAGGGCAUUGGAAUCUCGUGAAACACGGUAGCUUACGAUUAGAAGUGAGAUUCGAAAAAGCUCUUUCCGUGACUAUUAAUUGUAUCGUCUAUGCCGAGUUUGAGAACGUUUUAGAAAUCGAUUGUCAUUUGUCAUUGUCGACUUUUCUGGUUAACCCUAUGUCUUUCGCGUGA